CUAAGGCGGCAAGAAAACUCGAAAUUCGAAAAGACUUCUUUAUAAACUUCUUUUGAUCUUCCUUUCACCUAUAGCUUCUUUAAAGAGCUGAUACAUACCGACCUAUGGAAGGGGAAGGAAGAGGAGGUGGAGAAACGUUAUCUGCUACACCCACCGCCACUGAUAUCUCUAAUAGUCGCUCACCCAUUGCUCCUGCCUUUACUACUACUACUGGAGCUACUACUAACAUACUGACAGAGUCACAGAAGCCAAAUCUUAUAAUGUCAGAGACAGAGACUUUCAAGACAGGACAGGUUCCUGGUAGUCCAGGGGUAGGAGGAGGAGGGUGGGAUGAUAUCAGAGAGUUGGAUAACGCCGAGAAUUGGACAGAGAGGACACGAGUUAUAUCAAAGCAGGAUCAUCAGUUUUACUCGCAGUGUGCACAAGGUUUUGUUUCAGAGCUUGUUGACAAGCUACCGGAUAAAAGUACAAAAGAAGACUAUAAUGAUUAUGGUAUUACUGGCGACAAUGAAGUACCUAAUUCAAGAUCUCCUUCAAAUCCUUCAGCAACAACAACGGGAGGAGGAGGUGAUUUUGGUUAUAUGGAUCAGUUUGAUGAUCGCGAUUUUCAAUUAUCAGCUUCUCAGUUUAACACUGAUUAUUUUGAGAGGAUGGGCUCUAAUACUAAUACAACUACCAGUGCCCUAGCCAGAGAGUCCUUAUAUGUUAAGUUUGAUCCGUUAGUAGGUCCAGUGGUACCAGCACGUACUACUCCUCCUCUCCCUCCCCCCAUGAGCGGCGAUAAUCUUCUCAUGCUUAACACACCCCCAACGGCAACUUUUACGAAAUCAUCAGUGAUUGGUUCGGAAGCCACGCCCCAAACAGGGACACGGGACUUGAUGCAGAGCCCGAACUUGUUACACAUGACUGGAGGGAACAAUGAUAAUAUGAGAAUGUCUCCUUUUGCAUCACAGAGUCCGUUCCCCAAGACACUAUUAGACACUUCCUCCUCUCCAUCUUCUAACUACCUCAUUGGUCAGUCCCCUUCAGCUAAUCCCAAUAUAAGUGGACCUGGUCUUCACUUACCACCGGCACGCUCAUCUCUUGAGGGUAAUCCAGAACUAGUCAAGGUGUUAAAAUAUACUGAUUAUGACUUGCAGAGGAUUAUUGCUCAAGUCAGGCAAGAAGCACAGGCAGAAAUUGAGAGCCAAGUUCUUGCUGUGAGAGAAGAAUAUUCACAGGAGUUCCAAAAAUCACAGAAAAAGAUGGACAGGCUGGUCAAAGAACUUCAAAAUUUGAGGUCAAACAAUGCACUCCAGACAUCAAGCAACUCUAAAAUGGAAGAAGAGUGCUCGAAAUUGAAAGCCCUGUGUGAUGAACAUCUUGCCACUGAAAAGAAGAUGCUUGACAUGUAUGAGAAACUAAAGGAAGAGAGCAGACAGAUAGAGCAGCAAAGAGAUCAGGCUCUUGCUGAUUUCAAUUCCAUGGAGAAGUCGUUUGCAGAUUUUCACCAAAGACACAUAAAAGCACGCGAGACUUUGACAUUAUUACAGAAAUCUGAGAGCUCAUUACAAGACCAUAUUGCUCACCUGGAGAAGAAAGUUGAAUCAUUAGAAGAAAUGAAUCAGCAGCUGCAAGAUGAAACAUUCCUAAAAAUACAAGAGGCCAAUAAGAUAUACGAUAAGCUACAGUCUGAUCAUGCAUCAGAGCUAGCAGUGACAAAAGCAAAUGUUAAAAAGAUGACAGUUCAAAUAUCAAGCCUUGAAGGGCAACUGAAACAAAAGGAACAAGAGAAGCAAGAGUUGACUCUUAUAUGUGAUGAGCUAAUGAAGGAACUGGGAAGCAAGUGAUUGACCAACCACUUUUAAAAGAAAAA